AGCAUGUCGUUCAGUGGGAAAUAUCAGCUGGAGAGUCAGGAGGGAUUUGUGGAGUUCAUGAAGGGCGUCGGUCUUCCUGAUGAUCUGAUAGAGAAAGGCAAAGACAUCAAGAGCGUGUCUGAGAUCGAGCAGAACGGAGAUCAGUUCAAAGUGACCGUGACCACCGGAACCAAAGUCCUGACCAACAGCUUCACCAUCGGAAAGGAGGCUGAGAUUGAAACGCUGACCGGAGAGAAAGUCAAGGCUGUUGUGAAUAAAGAGGGAAACAAGCUGAAGGUCGUCCUGAAUAAAAUCACGUCCGUCACGGAGCUGGUGGAUGGAAACACACUGGUGAAUACUCUGACUCUCGGCAGCCUCGUCUACAAGAGGAUCAGCAAACGUCUGGCCUAAAAACAGACCACACUCGCCAUGACGUGACAAGAAGAACAACAUAAAGGGAU